GCCGUGAGGGUAAUCGCAGCGGAAUGGAGAUUAUGGAAGAUAGCGAAGGAAAUCCCAAAAAGCAACUGGUUUCUGAGCUUCACCAGCUUGCUGCUGAUGGAAACAAAGCCAGGCUUACAGCACUUCUGGAUCGUUCUCCUUCUCUUAUCAAUGAAACUGCUAGGAAUGGUUGGACGGCCCUAAUGUAUGCGACUAGAAAUGGUCACUUUGAUGUUGUGCAGGUUCUUCUUGAUAAAAGGUGUGACAGGUUCAGAACCAAUACUUCAAACCAAACGGCAUUGGAUAUUGCUAGAUUUUGGGGAUAUAAAAACAUAGCUAAUUUAUUAGCUAAUGUGGAAGGUGGAUUGGAACCAUUUUUCUUCACUUAUCAAGUCAAAGAACCGGAGCAUUAUUUUUGCAGGACAUUUUUGGAUAGGAAGAGUGAGAAGAGAGUAGAUUCAGAGUGGCUGAGCAUGAAACAAAAGGAGCCAACAACCAUAUAUAUCAUUUUUUCACAUUUAAAUCCUUUAGUUACAUCAGAUGAUGAUGAACGUGGUUUCCAGUAUCCAAAGGUUAAGCUUUGUAAAUUUUUCUAUAAGGAUAUAAAGAGAUAUCUGGAGCAGACAAAAACUAUCACUACAAUUUUUAUGGGAGUGGAACCUCAAAGAAUAAAUGCAAAAGAUUUGAAUACAGGCAAAGAAGAUGAGAAUGGCCUUAUUACCUGGUUUGCACUCAGAAUAGAUGCUACAGCAGCUGAUAGUUUUUUACAAGAGCAUCCAGGUUGUUACUUUCUUCAUCCACCAAUGCCUGGACUGUUGCAAUUAUCUGAAAAUGAAGCCGAUCCUGUAGUAAUAAUGCAAGUCAUUCAUCCAGAAGGCAACCAUUGCCUUUUGGGAAGAAAAAAAAGAUUUCCCCCAGGCAUGUUCACUUGCCUUGCUGGAUUUAUAGAGCCUGCUAAAUCACUGAAAGACGGGAGCACAAGAUUGUCAAGGGACCAAGUGCUGAAAGAUGCAAGGACAAACAAUAGUUCUCAAGAAGAAGAAGAACCAGACCGUUGGGCUAGACGAAGAAAAUGGUUCAAAAACAGCAAAAGGCAUCCUUCAGCUAGAAAGUAUUCUAAGAAUAGCAGCUUCACCAAAGGAUCUAUGAAUUCAGAACGUGGUUGUCCCUUGGAUCUGGGACCACACAGGGAAAGUGAAGAACGGGGCUUCUACACAGAAAUGUUCCACUCAGCUUCAUGGAUGUUCCAAGGGGAUGAUGCUAAUGCAGAUAAUAAUCUCAGAUGUCUUAGCAAAAGGCCAGUCACUGAUAAAUAUCAACUGAUGCCAACAGAACAUUGA